CUUUGCGACGUGUUAAUAAUAGCUGUCUAUAGCAAUGCCUGUGCAUCUCUAGGGAUUUCAUUGGUGUUCACCUCAGCUGACCCCUGUAUUCAUUAGGUGAUAAAUUUGGGAGGGGGAAUGGCUUAUCAUUAGAGGAGAAAAGUAGAAACCAGCGACUCUGGGUCAGUCUUGACCCUCCAACCAGACGACAGGGGACCGACAACCCCUAGACCCCAAACCCUAAUAAGGAGGACUCUGAAGAGGACAGGGGACUGACAACCCCAAGCCCUAAUAAGGAGGACUCUGAAGAGGACAUGCUGCUGUUCCAGGCCACCAGCCUAUUGGCCCAUCUCUGUUUCAUGGUCAGGGCAUUUCCCUUUAUGGAAGAGGAAGGGUCGGCCUCGUUUGCCCAGAACAUGCUCCAUGGCAGAUCCUUCCCAGUCUCCAACGUCCACCAGGGAGCUUUUGUGGAUCUGCCGCUAUUUAGACAGAACCGGAGGAAAAUAUCCCAGAAUUUCAUCCUUCACUCAGAUCCCAGGGAGAACAUGGAGGAGGAGGCUCUGAGGAGGAAACUGAUGUGGGAGAGCGCCAUCCGCAGGGAGAAGAUGAGAUCCCACCCAGACCAGGUGUUGCCUAUCGGGCAAGAUGCUCUGAAACGCUCCAGGUGCCACGCCUUGCCCUUUAUACAGAAUGUGUUCAGGAAGAACUGCUUCCCAGUGCGCCUCCCUAACAAGUUCUGCUUUGGCCAGUGCAACUCCUUCUAUGUUCCGGGUUGGCCGGCCGGACUCUCCCAGCCCUGCACUUCCUGCGCUCCUAGCCGAUCCCGACGCAUUUCGCUGCCGUUGCGUUGUCGUGCCGGGCACCUCGCUUGGCAUGAGGUGGAGCUGGUGGAAGAGUGUGAGUGCGAAACCCGAUACGACAGGAAUACGGUGGAACCAUCUGGCAGCGGGGAGGGCUUCCUGCCUGUGUCCUAGGCCCUAAUUGGACUACGUGUGGCCAAAUGGACCAAACUUUGUGACGCGGGGCCUCGAUGCUCCCAGUAUCUCUAGCCUUUAACAGGUGCCCCUUUGCUGAAGCAGGGGAAGUGCUAACGACUCAACGACUUUAUUUAAAACGAACGGUUCUGACUGACCUGCUAAUUUAUAUGCUUGUCUAGAUUUCCCAGAGUUCCUAGGGCAAGCCUGUGACGAAGCUCCCGCUUAUCUAGAUUUCCCAGAAUUCCUAGGGCAAGCGUGCAACGAAGCUCCCGCUUAUCUAGAUUUCCCAGAAUUCCUAGGGCAAGCCUGUGACGAAGCUCCCGCUUAUCUAGAUUUCCCAGAAUUCCUAGGGCAAUCCUGCAACGAAGCUCCCGCUUAUCUAGAUUUCCCAGAAUUCCUAGGGCAAGCCUGUGACGAAGCUCCCGCUUAUCUAGAUUUCCCAGAAUUCCUAGGGCAAGCCUGUGACGAAGCUCCUUCUUAUUGGGAGGGUGUGAGUAAUGAUUCAACAUGGCAGUCUGUUCUGCCUUUUAUUGUACCUGGGAGACUGGUCUCCU